CACGUCAGCAGUACCACGUCAGACACAGUGCCACGUCAGCAGUGACCUGCCACCAUGACAGGCUCACUUCUGGGCAUGACAGGCCAACUGGCAAAUGAAUCCAUUGCCGAAUACCGACAGCGGUUCGAAGCUCAGCUCGCACUAAUCGCGGCUGAGGAGCAACGUCAGCUGGCAGCCAAGGCUGCCCAGCUACAGGCUGACGAAGCGGCAGCAGCAGAGAAGCUGCGGCUACUGGCCGAAGCAGACGCAGAUACCCAGGCUCCCCGCAAGGAAGCCCAGGAUAUGCUGCAGCGGCAUGAAGCCACCAGCAUCGACAGACUCAAGUUCUGGCACUUUCAACCGAACGGCGACAAUCCAACACCGGAAGAGAAGCACAAGGAGUUCCUCUCCAAACUCGURAUGCGGUUGCUGUAUGCUUGCAACUACCAACGGUCAGAGUUGGAGAGACAGUACCAGGACCUGACGCAACAGCAUCAGGAGUUGGCGACGGUCCGCCGCACAGUGCAGAGCCACGAGGAUGCAACUCGGGUACUCAAUGCCCGAUUGCUGGACCUGGAACAGGCUGUACCAGGACCAACUGCUGGGGCUUCCAGCAGUGCACCCUCUAGCCGCCAACUGGAGGAACGCGUUGACCACAUCCUGGCAAUGCUCGACGACAUUGACACCUUCGCUGCGCCGUCCACCAUCAGCACUCAGCUGCAUACCUUGAAGACCGAGGUCCAACAGCUGCAGUCGACGAACGCAGAUGGCAAUCAGAAGAUGCCAACUUUCCAACUAGAAAAGUUCGACGACUACACGCAGCAGGAUCCGACCCUCUGGUGGGAGGCAUUCACGACGCAACUCAGGAUUCUGCCUGUCGCUAAGCACAAGUACAUCGGCGCCCUGUUCCUUAACUCAAAGGGCGGAUGCCAGACCUGGUUGACCCACCUGGCAACCUCCCACGGUGUCGACGUACCGGACCUCAAGGACAAGAUCACAAGGGAAGAACUGACACGGUUGUGGAAGAAGCGGUUCUUCGUCGACGACGCGCCAGCACUCGCCAUCAACCGACUGUUCGCCAUGUCACAGGGCAACACAGCAACACGAGACUGGCUCACAGAGUGGCAGAAGAUUGCGGUUGUGCCCAAUCUGAACUUACCAUUCGAGCAUCUACGCCGUGAGGCGACUCCACCUUCUACUCCGCCAGAUUCGGCCGCCUUGCUAGCGGCCUCCUGCACAUUUGGGGAGGAUGUGAAUGUCGCAAAUCCUCGGUAUACUUACAAGGAUUAUGCUGUUCACUUGGUUCCACCGUUGGACCAACCGCUCCACGUGCAACAGUCCACCGCAUGCACGGUUUCAUCACCAUCGGCAACCGAUUCGGCAGCUUCGCCACAACCUAUCGCCGGGGAUUCGACGUCAUGGUCAAGACUUGAAGAGCUCGACCCAUUGACCUUCACGGACUUCCAGUGGAUGCCCGUUCCCUCGACCGGACGAUUGCCGAAACCGCAUUGCAACGUGCUUAUGGCACAAUUGCAGGACUACUUGCACACUCCAGUACCAGCUCCGUUGAUGGACGUCAGAGUAGAGGUUGUCGAUCUUCUCGCGUAUAUCGCGAAGAUCGACCGCGAGUUCAAGACGCAACGGUACGACGACAUCGACGCACCAUUGCUAUACGUACGCAUUCAGAUCGGAGAGGCGACCUGCAGUGCCUUGAUCGAUUGCGGAGCAUCUCGCAACUACAUCAGCCAGGACUUCAUGGUACGCGCCGGCCUUGGCCCACGUGUCCGGAGGAAGUCCCGGCCUACGCAAGUCACUCUGGCAGACGGUCAUACGCACAAGUCCAUCAACCGGUGCAUUGAUGACGUCCCAGUGUACUUUGCCCCUCACGCAAGUGAGGCAGUGUCCUUUGACAUUCUGGACACCAAAUUCGACAUAAUCUUGGGCAUGUCAUGGCUGCGAAGCAAGGAUCACCCGGUGAACUUCUUCAACCACACCGUUCACGUUCGUGAUCGGAACACAGUAUUAGUUCCAUGCACGGUGCCUCUUCCUCACCCUUCGAUCAGCUGCCACGCGGUAUCCGCCGCAAGCAUGCGAGCUUCCAUCAUUAGAGACGACAUCGAGGAGAUGGGGGUGUGUUUUCUCCACGCCCUCCUGCCACAUGACGCUUCAUCGACGGACUCACCUUCGGAUCCACACAUCACCGAACUUCUUGACGCCUACAUCGACGUGUUCGAACGCCCGCAUGGAGUAGUACCGGAUCGACCCAUCCGCCACGAGAUCAUUCUUGAGGACGGGGCCGUACCUCCGCGCGAUUGCAUCUACCGAAUAAGCGAGGAAGAGUUAAGUGUGCUUCGGGCACAACUCGACGACCUUCUGGAGAAAGGCUGGAUUCGGCCUAGCUCAUCGCCAUACGGUGCUCCUGUUCUCUUCGUCCGGAAGAAGAACAAGGACUUGCGGUUGUGCAUCGAUUAUCGCAAGCUCAACGCGCAGACGAUCAGGAACACCGGCCCUCUCCCACGCAUCGACGACCUUCUCGAGCGAUUGGGCGGCGCCCAGUUCUUCUCCAAGCUGGAUCUCAAGUCAGGRUACCACCAACUCGAGAUUCGCAAGGAGGACCGUUACAAGACCGCAUUCAAGACACGGUAUGGGCAUUUCGAAUGGYUGGUUAUGCCAUUUGGCCUUACGAAUGCCCCGGCCACUUUCCAAGCGGCUAUGACAACGGAGUUCCGACACAUGCUGGAUCGAUACGUACUUAUCUAUCUCGACGAGAUCCUGAUAUACAGCCGAAGUUUGGAGGAGCAUGUGGAACACCUGCACACCGUUUUGGAGCGGCUACGACAGGCCAAGUACAAAGCCAACCGCGACAAGUGUGAAUUCGCGCGGCAGGAGCUGGAGUACUUGGGCCAUUAUGUGACGCCGCAAGGCAUCCGUCCGCUCGCGGACAAGAUCGAGGCCCUACGAGUACGGCCCGGGCCCACCAACACCACAGACGUUCGUUCAUUCAUGGGAUUGGCGGGCUACUAUCAGCGAUUCAUCACCAGAUACUCCAGGAUUGUUGUACCUAUGACAAGGUUACAGUCGCCAAAGGUGCCAUUCGUAUUCGAUGACGACGCAUGCUGGUCAUUCCAAGCACUUAAGACGGCCAUGCUCAUGACACCCGUCCUCAGCAUCUAUGACCCCACCUUGCCGACGAGAGUAACUACGGACGCUUCCGGCUAUGGCAUUGGGGCAGUCUUGGAACAGCACGACGGCUACGACUGGGACCCUGUGGAGUAUUUCAGCCACAAAGUGCCUCCCAUCAACUCGCUGGAUGAUGCAAGAAAGAAGGAGCUACUCGCGUUCGUCAUGGCUCUCAAGCGAUGGCGACACUUCCUCCUUGGGCGUCAUGCACUCUUGCGAAGACCAGAUGUUUGCGCUAUGACACAUCAUGCCUUCGCAUUCGACGAGGAGCUUCAACGACACUUCAUCCGGGCAUAUGAGUCUGAUCCGAACUUCGGCACGCUCUAUGCACAGCUAUCUUCGGAUCACCCGCCGGCCAGCCAUUACCGCAUUGCCGACGGGUACUUGCUCCUCCACUUGAGAGGCAAGGACUUACUAUGUGUCCCACACGACCGUCGUCUUCGGACUCGCCUCCUCGGCGAGUAUCACGAUUCACGACUCGCCGGCCAUUUCGGAGUCAACCGCACUAUUGCACGGCUUCGACAGCGAUUCCGAUGGCCCGACCUCAUUACCGAUGUCACUCGGUAUUGCGACUCUUGCGAAGUUUGCCGACGCAGCAAGCCCCGCAACCGCAAUCCCUACGGCGAGUUACACCCGAUGCCUAUCCCACGGGAACCCGGUCUCUCCAUUGCCAUGGACGUCACCGGUCCGUUUCCUCGCGACCGGCUCGGGCACGACGGCAUCCUCACGGUUGUGGACCGAUUGAGUAAGUACGCGCGUUUUCUCCCUUGCAAGUACUACUCCACGGCUCCCGAGCUGGCACGCCUCCUGCACACUGGUUGGAUUUGUGGCCACGGUGUACCAGAAGACAUUGUCAGCGACCGCGACACUCGUUUCAUGUCGGCGUUUUGGACUGCUCUCAUGCAGAAGUCCGACACAACAAUGAAACCAAGUUCAGCUCGACAUCCUCAGACAGACGGGCAGACGGAGCAGGCACAUCAAACCGCUCAAAUGAUGCUUCGUACGCUCAUUCAUCCGAACCAGAAAGAUUGGGUUGACCGCCUCCCCGAUAUCGAGUUCGCCUACAACAGUUCAGUGCACCCGGCAAUCGGCAUGACUCCAUUCGAGUUGCACCACAGUGGACAGAAAGGCCGCAUCUUCGCUGACCUUCUCCUCCCUCGACCAGUCGACAUUGACGCCGCUUGCUCCCCCGCUUCCAUUCGGAAGUACAGGGACUUGCUGAGUCAAGCCCGCACAAAUAUGCAAAAGACUCAAGUUCGCAUGCAGCAGCAAGCCAACAGGCGUCGCGUACCAUGUCCCAUCCGCGCCGGUGAUCUGGUUUGGGUCUCCGCGGAAGAGUUUNAGACUCAAGUUCGCAUGCAGCAGCAAGCCAACAGGCGUCGCGUACCAUGUCCCAUCCGCGCCGGUGAUCUGGUUUGGGUCUCCGCGGAAGAGUUUGCACUGGAACAGGACGUUUCACGCAAACUGCUUCCCAAGUGGUUUGGACCUUGGUCUGUGACAGCAGCCGCGGGCGAUGAGCCCGAUGGCCCUUCAUUUGUGAUCAACAUUCCAAAGCAUCUGACGGUCCAUCCGGUCUUCCACGCCUUGAAGCUGGCAACAUACACGCCAACCAAGAGCGACGACUUUCCGAGCUGACGAUCGUAGGACCCUCCUUCUAUGGAUGGCCAUCAGGAAGUUGACCGCGUUAUCACCGAUCGCAAGUACGGCAGCAAGCCGCGG